UAAUGCGGGAGGUGGAAAUGGCAGUACAGUAGCAAUACCCUUCAUUUCCAUCCCCGGUGUGUCACAGCAGGAACAGGACACUGCAUCCUAUAUGCCCUGGUCUUAUUCUACUCAGGAUGAUCCUUAUGAACUCAUUAGAUGUGCCCAGCCCAGCAUUAAAAGCAGGAAACCCCCUGAAAAUGCUGAUUAUGGUGGUGAGAGUGAUCUACAGGGUCUAGUGUCAAAUAUUUUGGAUGAUGCAGAUUCAAAGGAUAACUUCUACAGUGAAGGGACCCUACCUACAUGCAAUCCCAUCUGGUCUCCAAAGACAUUGAGUGAAGAACUGCUACAGUAUUUAGAAUCUGAGGCUAAAAUGCAGCAUAACCCUUCCUUUACUCCAAACUAUGUAUCUCAGGAAAGUUUCAGUAAAGCACAGCAUCGGUCAGGAGACAAAGAUGUUGCUUUCAACUCCUACCUCAGCGAGAUGAGGACCCACAGAAGGGACAGUACUUAUCAUGGAAUGGCCUCAGCAAUGACAACUUCAGUGUUAAGGAAUCAUGGAGGACCAGUGAUUCAGCUUUACUUCUACCUGGAUGAGUGUUAUGAGCAGUGGAGGUGUUUGGAGAAGGAGAGAAAAAGGACAGAAGUCAUCCUUACAAAAACAUUUCUUGAGAAAAGAAGUCCAGCAGUGACCAACAGUAACCUGCCCAAAACUCCACCAAAUCCCACAAGAGUUGACCACCUCAUUGUUAAUCAGAUAAAAGAACAAGCAAAGGUGGCAGGUCUUCUGGAGAAAAUGGAGUGUCUAUGUGGUGUUCCCCUUCCAGCAAACAUCCACACAGCCCUGAAAAAGAAUCAUAUGGCCAUUUGUGUCACACAGGCAAGAUGUAAGGAGGAGGCUGUGAACAUGACCAAGCACCAGUGGCAGAGACCUAAUUUCACAAAGGACCGAGACACCUUGUUGGUGGUCAUGGCUCUGAAGGAUCUAGCUGCUACCACUAGGAAGCUCUGCACAGCUCUGUGGUGUGCCCUCCAGAUCACACUGCCAAAACCCAUCAUCAUCCAGGAUCAUCAUAUUAUCAAGGAGGACGCAAACAAGGAGAUGUGCCCUUCUUCAUUUGAAAGAUACUCUUUUAGGUUAUAAUUUAGCAAACGACAAGUAUGAGUUGAAGAUAAAAUUAAAGUCACUCCACAUUGCCCUGCUUUUAAGUGUUCUUUAACUAGCAGGGUCAAUGAAACAAAGGUUCUUGUAGUAUUACCUAACUGAAAGUCAAAGCCACAUUUUAUCUGCAACACAAAGAUCACUGCAGAGUAUGAGAUGAGCAAUUUAAAAGUGCGAUGACUUCAUUAUUUGGUUUCAGAGAGCUUCUUUCGUUGUGUAGGAAUUGCAUGAAAUAUUUUAUCCUGCUGCAUCUUAACUUAAUUUCAUUCAAUUAGUGUCAGACGCAAUCAACACAAAUCUUGCACCAUCACUGUUGUAUUUAAAGGCACUAUUUAUGUAGAAGAUUUCAGUGAAUCUUCAUUGUUUUACUUAUUUAUUGGAAUGUAAUGGAACCUCAGUUCUGGGUAUUCCCAAGCAAUAAUUGAUUCUCAAGGGCAGUAGCUUAAAAUGAACAUGCUAAUUAUUAAAAUGCUUUCUGAAAUAUUCCAACUGAUUUCAACAGCUUCAGUUUCUCAUAUUUAACUUUAAAAUUCUACAAUGAAAAGUUUUUAUCUGCAAUUUGGUGCCACUAAUGUAAAUUUCUAAUAAAAAAAUAUAGAUUUUAAGUUUUAAUCACACUUCCAGCUAGAAACAAGGUAUUAACAGACAUAUCAGUGGGAUGUUAAACUCUGAAAACACUGAAAUGUUCAAAGACUUGCUGCAUAUCAGUGUCAAUAGUUUUGGAUAAAUGUUCAAUUUAGUAUUUAACACUUUAAUUAUUUGUUAUUAACUGUAAUCAUAAUUCUGUGUUAUGUGAAAUGUAGUCUUAAGUGAAAAUAUGGUCACGCUUUAAAGUGUAGCAUCUAAAAAAUUGAAUGCAUUAAUCAAUUAAAAAAACGUUAUCAGUGAAUUGAGUUUGUCAGCAAGGGACCAAAACAUUAAGGCAUUACAAAGAAUUCUCAGGAAAUACUCAUUGUGUCAUUUCUUCCCUCGUGUGCUUUGUGAAUGAGCAGUAUUGUUUUAUUCCUGCUAUUUUAAUGUUUCGGUUGAAUUUUUUCUUGUUGUUUGAACUGAAAAAAAGCAAAAAUAAAGCAAUUUCAUUGUU